GGAAAAGAAAGAGAGAGAAAUAUAGGACCAACUCAAUGAGAUAUUCUACAACUCUCUGAGAAACAGCACCAGUCCUCUCCUUUGAGAAUAUCCACUUCCCUCCACACGCUUGCUAUCUGCUCCCCUCCAACUAGGUGGAGGGAGACAGAAACCAAGAAAGAAAAAAAGAGAGACCGAGAGAGGGAGGGUGAGGGUAGUCAGUGUUCCACCACAUGGCUAGAAUCUUGAGGGCCAGUAGUGAGUGUUUCCAGGACAGGACAGGAGAGCAGUGUGGUAGCCAGUGGAGGACAGAACGGUACAGGAGAGGAGUGUGUUAGCCAGUGGAGGACAGGACAGUAUGGCCCUGUUCAGCACUGGGCCCCAGAGCCUGGGCUCCUACUACUGCCUCAUCCGCAGGAGGUUCAAGAGGAGGCGCAAGAAACGCAGCGAGCGCCAAGGUGGAGCCGGAGCUCGGCAGCCCCGGGCCCAGCAGAAGCUCUUCACCAUGGACGUGGAUGAAGAGGAGAACAUGAGUUCGAGCAGCACUGACGUUAAGGAAAACCGUAACCUGGACAACGUCUCCUCCAAAGAGGGGGCAGCUGUAGGCGAGCAGCUCCCCAAUGGAAGUGGUGGGGGCAGCAGGAAGCGCCCCCUAGAGGAGGGCAACAAUGGCCACACGCACUCCAAGUUCCGGGCCAAGAAGCGUAAGAAAACGCCAGGCCCAGUUCUACCAAAGAAUGCCCUUAUGCAGCUGAAUGAAAUCAAGCCAGGGCUGCAGUAUAAGCUGCUGUCUCAAACGGGUCCGGUCCAUGCUCCCGUAUUUGUCAUGACCGUUGAGGUCAAUGGGCAGCUGUUCGAGGGCUCAGGUCCGACCAAGAAGAAGGCCAAGCUGAAUGCGGCAGAGAAGGCCCUGCGCUCCUUUGUCCAGUUCCCCAACGCCUCAGAGGCGCACCUGGCUAUGGGCCGGACACUGACAGUCAACACGGACUUCACAUCCGAUCAGGCCGACUUCCCAGACAUGCUCUUCAACGGGUUUGAGACACCCGCACCGCCCGAGGACUCCUUUUACCUGGGAUCCAAUGGCAGCGGCUCCUUAAACUCGCUGGGAGAGUAUCCCAUGCCCUCCACGCCAGGUGCUAACCUUGCCCAGGCCCCGUUGCCCCCUCCCUCCUCCUUCACCUCGCCUUCGAGCGGCAAGAAUCCUGUCAUGAUCCUCAACGAGCUGAGGCCGGGCCUCAAGUACGACUUUGUGUCUGAGAGCGGUGAGAGCCAUGCCAAGAACUUUGUCAUGCAGGUGUCGGUGGACUCGCAGCAGUUUGAGGGCUCAGGACGAAACAAGAAGCUGGCCAAGGCCCGGGCCGCCCAGGCAGCUCUCUCAGCCCUCUUCAACAUGCAGCUGGACCAGACACCCUCCCGACAGCCCAUCCCCAGAGAGGGACUGCAGCUCCACCUACCCCAGGUUCUCGCCGACGCCGUCUCUCGCCUGGUGGUGGACAAGUUCAGCGAGCUGACGGACAACUUCACCUCCCCCCACGCGCGACGGAAAGUCCUGGCGGGGGUCGUCAUGACAACUGGCACAGACGUGAAAGAGGCCCAAGUGAUCUGCGUCUCCACGGGCACCAAGUGCAUCAACGGCGAGUACAUGAGCGACCGCGGCUUGGCACUCAACGACUGCCACGCAGAGAUUAUCGCCCGCCGCUCACUCAUCCGGUACCUCUACGCCCAGCUGGAGCACUUCCUCAGCAACAACAAGGAGGAGCAGCAGAAGUCCAUAUUCAUGCGCUGUGACAAGCGUGGCUACCGGCUAAAGGACAACGUCCAGUUCCACCUCUACAUCAGCACCUCGCCCUGCGGAGAUGCACGCAUCUUCUCGCCGCAUGAGGCCGGCAUGGAAGACCAAGGAGACCGACACCCCAACCGGAAGGCGCGGGGCCAGCUGAGGACCAAGAUAGAGUCUGGGGAAGGGACCAUCCCUGUGAGGACCAGCAACACCAUCCAGACAUGGGAUGGGGUGCUGCAGGGAGAGAGGCUGCUCACCAUGUCCUGCAGUGACAAGAUCGCAAGAUGGAACGUGCUGGGCAUCCAGGGCUCUCUGAUGAGCUACUUCACAGAGCCCAUCUACUUCUCCAGCAUCAUCCUGGGUAGCCUGUACCACGCCGACCACCUCUCCCGAGCCAUGUACCAGCGCAUUGCUGACAUUGAGGACUUGCCCCAACAGUUUAGCCUCAACAGGCCUCUACUGAGCGGCAUCAGCAACGCGGAGGCGAGGCAGCCGGGCAAGGCGCCCAACUUCAGCGUGAACUGGGUGGUGGGCGACCAGGCGCUGGAGGUCAUCAACGCCACCACGGGCAAAGACGACAUGGGGCGCGCCUCGCGUCUCUGCAAGCACGCCCUCUACUGCCGCUUUAUUCGCCUGCACUCCAAGUUGUCCUCCACACUGAGGAUCAAGGUGUCCAAGCCCAGCUCGUACCACGACGCCAAGGAGGCGGCGGUAGAGUACCACAACGCCAAGCAGACGCUGAUCAAGGUCUUCCACAAGUCGGGCCUGGGGGCCUGGGUGAAGAAGCCCAUCGAGCAGGACCAGUUCUCCCUCAACUCCUGAUCGGGCGAUUAGGGGGAACCUCUUCACCCAACCCACCGCACCCCAACCCCCUCUCUAGACCUGAGAGAGGCUCUUCAAAACUACCAGCCACUGAGACUUCACGUCUGUGUGUGUGCGUACAUGCGUGUGUGUGCGUACAUGCAUGUGUGUGUGUGUAUGUCUGUCUGAGUGUGUGUGAGAAAUAAUGCACGUGGUUCUGGCCACCUCCCUCCGUCCCAAUCACUCUGCUCUCAUUCCUCAUCGCUGUGACGUCAUCACUUGCUGUUUCUGUCUAUCUGUCUAUAAAACUUUCUUUUUUAAACCAACUAAAAUUCAAAUACCUUUUAUGUCCUGAUGGAAAUACAAAUGUAUGGUACUCAUGUUCAAUCUGUCCAUCUAAUCAUCAAGUAUUGCCAUUUUAAACUGGAAUCCUUUUUAGUCAUUGUUGUUUUAUUUGCAAGACUUUACAUGUCCAUAUACCAUGUAGUUACUAUAUAAGUACUUCUGUAACUAGAAUGUACAAUGAUUUGCCAGAUUUCAUUUCUGUUAUUUAGUUAAAUGUAAUUACACUAGGAAACCCAAAUGCCAUAUGACUUCAUGGUAUAUUUCUUUAGGUAUUGUGAGAUUUUACCUUUUAAUUUCUUAUUUUAUUACAUUCUUGCCCCUGUAUUAAAAGCACAUAUGACAUGAUGCUAAAUACAAAUACAAAAUGGUGGUUAGUCAUUGAAUCAUCAUUCAUUUAAAAUAUUCUCUUGUGGGCAUUUUACGCUUAUUUAUUCAUUUGUUGACAUUGUUGGUCAUUGAAUCCAUUCCCAUUCCUAUUCCAUACUUGAACAGGGGCCCUGGUGGAGGCUGUCGAUGAUUCCCCUCGAGUCCUUUGGCCUGAGGGGUUGAGGGGAUUGGGGAGGCGCUGCACGUUUUUUCUUAUUGACUUAAGCCAUGGCUUUGCAUGGGAACUGUCUCCGAGGUCUGCAGAGCUGAUUUGGUAGGGAACCACCAGGAUCUCCUCGAGUGAAUUUUGAAUGCCAGCAUCUUAUUUCUGCACAGGCAGAUUCAAAUAAUUUUUCUCUCUUUAUAUGUGUUUAUUUUUUUUUGGGGGGGGGGCUUCGUUGUUAGUAUUGCAACUUUUGACUUUUUGUGUUUGAGAGAUGAAUGAUUGCACUGCAACUGAAUAAUGACAGGAACAUUACACCUUCAUAAGCAUGAGCCUCAUGGACAUUAUGCAUCCAUGCCCUGGGCAUUUAUAAAUGCUUAUAUCAACAACCUCAGUUUGAUAUGUCAUGGUCAUGCUACAUAAUACAAGUAUGGUGACAUAACACAUUUUAUGUCAAUCUGGGGUUGUUAUGAAGGUGUAAAGUAGUCCAUAUGUCAUGUCAUUCAUAGAGAGCUGGGAAAUGCAUACAUCUCGAAGAGCUUAUGUCAUCAUUUCAAUACCUUUUAAAGGCCCAAUGCAGCUGUUUUUAUAUCAAUAUCAAAUCAUUUCUGGGUAACAAUUAAAUACCUUACUGUAAU